CGUGCCGCGUUGCGAGAACUAGCUCAUGACUAAGGGCCCCGUAUGGGUUCGAAACUAGUCGGGCAUACUCCGAACUAAUAUCACGUGGUUUUUAGCCGUGUUUUAUAAUCAAUUAAUAGAAAUAAAAAAAUCAUAAUGCAAAUCUUAAUGAGAUAAAAUUCAUUUAGGGGAGGUACCCUAAAAAUUACAUUUUUCUAGAUUUUAUUUUACGCCUUUGUUUACAUUUUUAAUGUUCAUCUACUGAGGGUUUACUGAGGGUCGUGACCCCUAUCACAAGCUUGUUUUUUCACGAUGUCGCGCCAUGUGGCUCGGCUUUUCGCGACUUAAUGUUCAUACUCAUGCUAAAUUACAGCUUUCUAGUAGUAAUAGUCUCUGCGUUAAGCCGCAGACGAACGGACGGACGGACAGACAGACGGACAUGGCGAAACUAUAAGGGUUCCUUGUGGACUACGGAACCCUAAAAAAGUUGGAAUGAGUAAUCUAAUAUAUGGUAUUAUAACUGUUGGUUAUUAAAUGCGGAACAAAAAUUCCUUAAGUUAGUUAAUGACCAUACAUGUUCCAUGUUCUUAAUUAACACAUUUUAAUUACUUUCUACUAUAUAAAUAGUAAAAUUUUACGAACAAUUUGAACAGUUAAAUCACUCGUCGCCAAGCGGUAUCGGUUUAAAUUUACUGAUUUAUGGAAGGUUCAUUAUGAAUUUUAUAAUAUUAACUUUGGCAAUAUUUUCUUUGCAAAACACAUUCCGAGCAGCAUCAAGUGCAAAACAUUGUCUAGAAGACAAUAAUGGUAACGUAAUUUGUGAAGAUCGUAUGAAACCGGACGUCGUGAGCAAUUUGGUACAUGAAAUAAAACUUAAUGAAAAACCCAGGCAAGGCGGCAAUGGCCUUAUUAUAAAUUACGACGUUUUCCCACAAAACAAUGAAAAACCCAGGCAAGGCGGCAAGGGCCUUAUAAAGAAUUAUGACGGUCUCGCUCAAAACAAUGAAAAACCCAGGCAAGGCGGCAAUGGCCUUAUUAUAAAUUACGACGUUUUCCCACAAAACAAUGAAAAACCCAGGCAAGGCGGCAAGGGCCUUAUAAAGAAUUAUGACGGUCUCGCUCAAAACAAUGAAAAACCCAGGCAAGGCGGCAAUGGCCUUAUUAUAAAUUAUGACGAUCUUCCCCAUAACAAUGAAAAACUCAGACAAGGCGGCAAUGGCCUUAUUAUAAAUUACGACGGUCUCCCCCAAAACAAUGAAAAACCCAGGCAAGGCGGAAAUGGCCUUAUUAUAAAUUAUGACGGGUUUCCCAAAAACAAUGAAAAAGGUACUAGAAGACAGAGAACCAAUGGAAACGUUUUGGUUGUUAUGCCUGUAAACGAGUUCAAAAAUAUGGUUGACAAACAAGUGUUAAGUCAGAUGAAAAAUGGCAAGAAAAAAUUGAAGUUUCCUUACUGGCUUAUACUAGAUAUAGGAACGCGUGUUUAUGAUCUUUUGACAUAAAAUUAUUUUGUAUUUUUUGACAAUUUAAAAUUAUUCGGAAAAUAAAUUAUGCCGUAAGCAGCGUU